CUGGAGGACACGGUACUGGGAUUUAGUGAAGAUGUCUAAAGUUGAAAUGCUGAGAGCUUUUGUGAACCAGCGACUAACUGCGGCUGCUGAUGAGAUAUUUGAGCUGUUUGAAAGGACGAUAGCAGAGUACGAGGAGGAACUGGAGUUCAGUUCAAGAGAGAAUCACCGACAACGGAAACUACUGGACGCUGUUUUACACCCGGAAGUCCGGUUACACAGAGCAGAUGUUCAGCAGCUGUUGGUGGUUAAUGAAGAGGUUCCCCCUGAGCAGCAGGAGUGGAGCCCCAGUCUGGACCAGGAGGACCCAGAGCCCCCACACAUUAAAGAGGAGCAGGAGGAACUCUGGACCAGUCAGGAGGGAGAGCAGCUUCAAUGGCUGGAGGAGGCUGAUAUCAACUUCCCAUUCACUUCUAUCCCUGUGAAGAGUGAAGAAGACGAUGAAAAAAAAGCUCAGUCCUCACAGCUUCAUGAAAGUCAAAGUGAGGAGAACGGAGAGGCAGAGAGAACAGAAGCUGAAGGAGAUGACUGUGGAGGACCAGAACCAGCCAGGAACUCAGAUCCAGAUAGUCCUUUACAACCAGCUGCUCAUGACAAGACUUCACACUACUCAGAACCUGAGACUGAUGACAGUAGAGAUUGGGAGGAGACUGAGGAACCUCAGUCAGCUUUAAACCCUCUGCAAAACAAUGAAGUAUCUGUAAGUGAUCUGGAAUAUAAUACUGCAAAAACAUCAGUUAGCUCCUCUGAAUGUGCUCGAAAAUUUGGCCACAAGGGACAUCUGCAGAAACACACUGGAGUCCAAACAGGAGUGAAACCAUUUAGUUGCUCAGUUUGUUGUAAAAGAUUCUCACAAAAGGAACAUCUGGGGCGACACUUGCUUAUCCACACAGGGGAGAAACCAUUUAGUUGUUCAGUUUGUAGUAAAAGAUUUGCAGAACAAGGAAAUCUGAGACGACACUUGUUUGUCCACACAGGGGAGAAACCAUUUAGUUGUUCAGUUUGUAAUAAAAAAUUCACUCAAAAGGAGCAUCUCAGAAAACACUUGUUUGUCCACACAGGGGAGAAACCAUUUAGUUGUUCAGUUUGUAGUAAAAGAUUCACAAUGCAGGGAAGUCUAAGACGACAUUUGACUAUCCACACAGGGGAGCAACCAUUUAGUUGUUCAAUGUGUAGUAAAAGAUUCACACAAAAGGAACAUCUGAGACGACACUUGCUUGUCCACACAGGGGAGAAACCAUUUAGCUGUUCAGUUUGUAGUAAAAGCUUUGCAGAAGAAGGGAAUCUGAGACGACACUUACUUGUCCACACAGGGGAGAAACCAUUUAGUUGUUCAAUGUGUAGUAAAAAAUUCACACAAAAGGAACAUCUGACACAACACUUGCUUGUCCACAAAGGGGAGAAACCAUUUAGUUGUUCAGUUUGUCGUAAAAGAUUCACCGACCGUAGUAGCCUGAGCCGGCACUUGACUGUCCACACAGGGGAGAAACAAUUUAGUUGUUCUUUUUGUAGUAAAAUAUUCUCACGCCAUAGUACUCUGAGACGACACUUGACUGUCCACAGAGGGGAGAAACCAUUUAGUUGUUCAGUUUGCAAUAAAAGAUUCACUUAUCUCCAUCAUGUCAAAAAACACAAGUGUGUUGGUGAGAGCAGCAGAAAAAAAUGAAGCUGCAGAGAUGCUUGUUGAGCCAUUUUUUUCCAGCAGGAUUUAGGUACUGAGGGCAAGACUAGGUUUUAACACUGACCAGCUAAAACUGUCAUACUUAAAGCUGACACAGACUCCAAAAUAAGCCUUUUCAGCUAAGAUUAUGCUACACAACCAUUUAAAAGUCUGUUUUUAUUUGUCUCUUCGUAAUUUUGUUGUUUUCUAGUCACUGUGCUUUUUAGCAUUUUUGUAUUCAUUGAUUACAUUUUUUUUUUUUUUUUUAAAUACUCAGAUGCCAUAUGUAUGUUGAGAGAGAAUUGUUGGUUGCUGUAGUCAUUCCUCAAGUGGAUAUCUUAGUCCUGGGACUUGUGUGAAGGUUUAUUGCAGAUGUUUUGUCCUGGCAAAAAAAACUCCAAGUGACUACCAAGACUUAUGUGUGGAAACAUAAAGAGGGAAUUUUCUGCCGAUUGACUAAUUGAUUAAUCACUUCAGCUCUAAUGUCAUAUACUUUGGGUAGUUUAAUCUAUAAAAAGCUGUCAAAUAAAUGUGGACUAUUUUUA